AGAAAUUGGUUUAGAAGAACAAAGUAUUUCACAUUUUCUACCAGUAUUCGCAGUUCUCAACUCCCCUUUGGAUAUAUUGUGUUUUUAAUAUACACAAUAAAUUAGUUUUACACAUUUUUGCACCUGGUCGGGCCGGGUUUUCAGAUAUAAAAAUAGUAUCUGUGCCAGCUCCCUCCAAAAUGGCGCAGAAUAGCAAACCUCUUGCAACAUACUGCGACAAAAAACAAACGUCUGCAGUAAUGGAAGGAUUAAAUGAACAGAGAAAGCUAUCAAGAUUUUGUGACGUUGUUCUCAAAGUUUGUGGUGAACAAAUAUUUGCUCAUUCAAAUAUCCUAUCUUCAGCGAGUGAAUAUUUUAGUUCAUUUUUGGGCUGUGGUCAAGAUUGGCCACGGGCAUUUUCUCAAAAAACUCCACAAAUCAUUGAAAUUUAUAUUGAUGGAAGUGACGGAGAUGGAAAGGGAUACGGGGAAGCCGUACGGAAAGUUGUUGACUUUAUGUAUACCAGUAAAAUAGACAUUACAAAUGAGGUUUUAAACCAAGUAAUUGAGAUAGCUAAAAUUAUGCAAAUGAACAAAAUUUUAGAAUAUUGUGAAAUCUACUUAAAAGAUGAAACAUGUGAAGAUAUGGAGAAUAGCCCUGAUAAUUUAAUCAAUAAAUCAACUGUUAGUACUAUGACAGAAUCAAAAUCUAAUGGUAAUGCCUCGGAAGAAGACAAUGAGAUUGGAAGUGAUAAUGAAGUCAAUGAUCCUGAUUAUAAGGUUCCUAUGAAUGUAAAGGAGGAUCCAUUUAAGAAAAAGGUUUUGAAGAAAAGGGGAAGACCAAGAAAAAAACAAGAAGAUUCUGAUAUUAAUUUUGGUUCCAUUCUAAUACCAGUUUUAGAAGAAGAACCUGAAGAUGAAAACCUUUGCAUUCUUUUUAAUCAGGGAGAUUGUUCAACCACAGUUAAUAAGCAAGGUGACGAACAAGACAUUGAUAAAUCACACACCCCCAAUAAUCAAGAGAAAGAAUCUUUAUUACCAGAGGCUGUUAAAUCAGAGCCCACAAAUUCCAAGCCUACUAGAUACAGUAAAAGAGUCAGAAAAGCCAAAGCCCACCCAGAUUAUGUAACUCACCAAUCAUCACUGCUAAAAAUGAAAAAAGUAGAAGCAAUAGAGGAUGAAGAGAGAGAAAACAAACCAAUGGUAGACAACGAAAUCCACUCCAAGUUACGUUACAUGUGCAAAGCAUGCAACCUUACAUUUAGAAGUAUGGAUGAAUAUAAAGACCAUAAAUCCACAACCCAUACCAUAGCCCUUUCUUCCAGAAAAGAAUUAUCUUGUUCAAGAUGUGAAUUUACCACUAAAAGACAAAAUGAAUAUAAAGAACAUAUGAAAACCCAUCUUCACAGUGAACUAACGUGUAGUUUCUGUGAAUACCAAGCAACUGAUCAAAAUGACUUUCAGCUUCAUAUUGAAAAACAUACAGGAGAAUUUCCCUAUUUUUGUAUGGAAUGUGACACUAGGUUUAAGAAUAAAGCACAACAAAAUGCUCACAUGCCUAAACAUUCAGUAGUGAAGCCAUUUGUCUGUGAAACAUGUAAUGCAGGAUUUAAAUGGAAGCAUGCUUUAAAAAGUCAUAUGAUAACACACAGUGAUACUAAGGACCAUUUGUGCGACAUUUGUGGAUUUGCAACUGCUCACAAAAGUAUGCUUAAAGCCCAUAAACUUAUCCAUUCAGGUAACACUUACAAGUGUGAUGUGUUGAACUGUAAUUUUCAAGCUACCAAAAAACAAAAUCUAAAAUAUCACAUGUUGACACAUUCUGGUGAAAAACCUCACCAAUGUGAAGUGUGUGGACAGAGUUUCUCUUUAGUUAAAAAUAUGAAAAGGCACAUGUUAAUGCACUCAAAUGACAAACCAAUCAAGUGUGACAUUCAAGAUUGUCAGUUUGGUACAACACGCUUUGAUAAGCUUAAAGAACACAAGUUAAAGCAGCAUGGGGCUGGCUUGCCUCCCACGAAGAAACUUCGAUUAUCUGACUAUGAAAAUAUUACCGAAGGACAUCAUAUUAUCCAUAUCUCUGAGAAUCAGAUAUUAACUGAAGCUUUAGCAGCUACACAUAAUAUACAAGAAGGACAAAUAAUUGCUACUGUUGAUAGUGGUUCUAUUAUAGGACAUGUUCAGUAUGCUGAAAUAGAUGCUGCUUCUGGUAUUAUUCAGUAUGUUACAAGUAUUGAAUAAAUGUACAUACAUUUAUUUUGUGCAUUGAAUUGUACAGUGUUCAGUAAUAUUUAAAUGAUUGAUAUCCUACAGUGCUUUUGUUUAUGUAUUAUAAAGGUUGCCAAUAAGUUUUAACGCCAAGAUUUAUAUCUUAGUAUGAUAUACUUAUACAUUUUUUUAAAAACACCUGUUCAUUUGACUUGAGUAUUUACAACAUGUACACGUAUUGUUAAAAUAUUCACAUGAUAAAUGUAGAAGGUAUGUUACUGAUUGGGAUCUGGCAGAAUUAGACCAAGUUUAUGACUGACAAGGACCAUACAUUGUAUUAAUUAGGCUGACUGGGAUUAUUAUUUGAAUGACUAGAGUAUUUACAAUAUGUAUAUAAUAUAUUUAUAAACAUCAGCAAAAAUGACAAUAAACAGUAUUAUCAAUAAUAUAAUGAAUUAUAAUAGAACGGUUAUAAAAAGGAAACAUUUACAUGUUUAAGACAUUAGAACAGCACUAAUUAGUUUGCAAAGAUCAAAUUCAGAACAUCUAAUAGUUUACUUUAAAAUACAGAUGUGACGUCAUCCUUUGAAGUUGGAGUACCAUUAUUUCAAAUAAUCGUACGGGCAAUGUGCCAAGCGUAACUUGGUAAAAUAUUGAACUCGAGUGACGUAGUUCAUUGCAAAGCACGUGCAAGUGUCUGUAUUUUAAGUUGUUUAAUGGUCUCGAGCUUAAGACAUUGCGUAAUAUAUUGUAAAAAGAUUCGGGCCUCACGGCCCUCAUUUUGUUACAAUAUAUUACCUAAUGUCUCGCUCUCGACCAUUAAACAAUACUUAAUAACAUUAACAAUGAGCUAAAUAUUGCAAAAUGUACUUGUAAUUGUCAAUGUCUCAAUAUUCCAGUUUUCUCCCUUUAUGUCCACAAACUAGCAAAUACAUUUAAUAAUUGUAUACAUAUACAUAUGUACCAUGUCCAUAUUAUCAAAAACAGCAUACCUGUACAAUUACUGCGAUAAUUUGUAGAAAGCUAUGAAUCACAUUGUUCAGUGUAAAACUAAAAUGCCAAUAACCCACAAAUGUCCCAAUAUUCAGCUUUAAAUCCAUGGUGUGAAUUUGCUGCUAUUCAUGUAGAAGUAUACCUAUUAUUGUUCACAUUUAUGAUUUAUUAAUCUUAUCAAAUAUUCUCCAUUGAAUGUAACAAAUCUACAUCUGUAGUCAAAAGAUAUCCAUGUAAUAAUUAUUUAUUCUCCUUGUUAAGAAUAUUUCAGUUUUUAUCUUAAAAAGGUACCUGUACAAUAUUGGUUUUAGUUUUAAUAAUCUUCAAAUAAUAUGUACCUUUUCCCAUGGCUUGCCUAGUUACAUGUAUUUGUUAAGUUAUACUUUAUAAUUUAUUCUAUUUUCUUCUGACUGUUAAUAAAAUUUAUAAGAUUCUUUAUGUAUCUUUAUGUACUAUUCUUAAAUCACUCUUUUCAAUGAAUUAACAACUAACUAAAUAAUUUUAGAAUAAUAAUAAAUGUAUUAGUCAAAUAGAAGUUAAAGUAAACCCUGAAAGCAUGAAUUUCCUGAAGUUAUAAUUAUAAUGUGAAUAACAUAAGAAAUGUUCAUAAUUGGAAUUUGAAAUUUAAUUUUUAUAAACUGAGACAAUGGCAUGAAAUAUUUCAUCACAAUCCAUGGUCUUUUUCUUAAUCGAUGUGUUAAAAAUGCCUUCCCACAUACAAACUUCUGAUUUGAUGAAAUAAUUGAACUAAAAACAUAUUCAAACUAAUUAAUCUCUAAAAAAUUUGCUUCAAAUCCCUCUCAAAACAUUGUAUUCGCAAGGAAAUACUCUUAGAUAUAAAAAGUCUAUUUUUAGAAGCUAUGUUUAUCAUGUAACCUGAUUGAGGGAGGGCCUAUUUUGAGAAUGUAUUUAUGGUUAUUUACUGUCCAUUUGCCAUACAUAUUGAAGCUUAAGUAAAUUCUUGUAUUAACUUUUGCCAACUUCCUUUUCCUCCAUUUAAUUGAAGACUGUUUUGUAGGUUUAAACCCCUCUAUGUUAUC